AUGUGCGACUUCUCCGAAUACGGCGGCAAAUCGGGAGAAUGGCUUGCAGUCGAAGCAAGCCUACCUACUCCUCCUGCUUUCGCGGAUAUCUACGAGCAACAAAAGGUAGUUAACCGAGGCCGUGAGGAAAUCUCAGCCAGGGACAUGAAAAAGCUGUCUGCAUCUAUUAGACUAACGGAUCAUGAUAUUCUGGCAAGAGACGGGACUAUUCUAGAGGCACGCAGCUAUAGACCAGUAGAUGCCGAAGCAAACGAUCGUCUUCCUAUUUACAUCCACCUUCAUGGAGGAGGCUAUUUGUUCGGUUCUUUAUCUUCAGAAGAUGCAAUAUCUACGCGAAUUGCACUCGGUGCUGGAGCAAUAGUUUUCAAUGUCAACUACCGUCACACACCCGAUGCAAUAUAUCCCACGGCCUGGAAUGACGUAGAGGAUGCUUUCUAUUGGGUACACAAUCACAUCGAUAAGCUUCUUGGUAACCCGGAUCAGGUAUUGGUAGGGGGUAUUUCAGCUGGUGCUCAACUUGCAGCUGCUCUGGCUCUGAAACAAAAUGUGUCCUCUCCCGACAUACUUCCAAAUCCCAAGAUCGCUGGACAAAUACUCAUGAUUCCCGCAUUGGUUCAGUCGGAACAAUAUCAGUCUCAACUCGAACAGCUUAAAGACCCCUCCAUAUCCUCAUACAUUGAGAACGAACAUGCUCCUAUCCUUUCCAAGAAGGUCGUUGAGUUCUUUACUGGACUACUCAAGUUUCCGCUCUCUGCUUCUGACGAUACCGAUCUUCGGUUGAACACUGGAAAUGCCUCAAUCUCGCAAGUAAAGGGGUUGCCACCUACAGUACUGGGUAUAGCUGGCCUUGAUCCGUUGAGAGACGAAGGCUUGCUUUAUGGAAAGAAGCUGGCUGAGGCAGGGGUCCCUACGGAUAUCCACGUUUUCAAGGGCUUGCCUCAUGGUUUUCGCCGCUAUGGGGAGCAGAUAAGUGAGUCAAAGCGAUGGGAUAAAGUCAUGGAAAAUGGGAUCAAAUGGGCAAUCUCAAACCCUGAGUCUUCCUCGAAAUUCGAGGUUAAAACGUCCUAG